AUGGCCCCUGAUAAGGCGCCCGGGCCAGACGGCAUGUCGCCGGCGUUCUUCCAACACUUUUGGCUUGUGCUGGGGCACGACAUGUCCAUGUUCCUGUUCAAGUGUGUAGAAACCAGAACCUUUCCCCCGGGGUUAAACGAUGCGAACAUCGUGUUGAUUCCAAAGAAGUCUACACCUAUUCGAGUAUCGGACUUGCGGCCCAUAGACCUUUGUAACAUAGUGUACAAAGUGCUAGCUAAAAUGAUUGCUAACCGGUUAAAGGUCUGUUUGGGUCAAGUUGUUUCCCAAUCUCAGAGUGCCUUUGUGCCGGAUCGGCUCCUAACCGAUAAUAUUAUUAUAGCCAGUGAAAUCGGGCACUUCCUACGUAGGAAAACAGGAGGAAGAGUAGGAUGGACUGCGCUGAAGCUUGAUAUGGCUAAAGCGUAUGAUAGGAUGGAAUGGCCCUAUCUGGAGGGUAUGCUACGAGCCCUCGGUUUUGAUAGCAAUUGGAUUGCUCUUGUAAUGCUCUGUGUCACCACUGUUAAUUACUCUAUUUUGGUUAACGGUGUGGCUGCGGGGCAAGUUCGUCCUACCCGGGGAAUCAGGCAAGGCGACCCGCUGUCACCUUACCUUUUCAUCCUAUGUGCUGAGGGCCUGUCGAUUCUCUUGCAACAAGCAGAGGCCCGGGGUGAUAUACAUGGGGUGAGGGUGGCCCGGGGUGCACCGGCCAUCUCUCACCUAUUCUUCGCUGACGAUAGUUUACUCUUUUUCAGGGCCAACCAACAAGAAGCGGUAAAUAUCAAACUUUGCUUGGACCUAUACAGCUCGGCAUCGGGACAACUUAUCAACUUUGAUAAGUCCAAUGCAGUUUAUAGCCAUAAUACACCUGGACCUACCCGGAUCCUAGUCACGGGAAUAGUGGGGGUUCAAGAAGCCCCGGAUUUGGGUCGCUAUCUUGGCCUGCCAUCGGUCCUUGGGCGAAAUAAAACGGCAGUUUUCAAGUAUAUUGAAGAGAAUACCCGGGCGCAUAUCGGGUUGUGGCAACAUAGAUUUCUAUCCCGCGCAGGCAAGGAGGGGUGGCGCUUAUUGACUCAACCUGAUUCUUUGGUAAGCCGCCUCUUGAAGGCUAGAUACUUUGCAACAGUGGGUUUCAUGGAGGCUCAGAUAGGAGGGAAUCCCAGCUUUACUUGGCGGAGCAUAAUGGCCGGGAGGGCUAUUCUUGAACAGGGUUUGGCCAGAAGAAUUGGUGAUGGAACGGAGACAAGGGUUUGGGGGUGGAAUUGGCUCGCUGAUGCAUCAAACACACCCCUUAUAACGCCGUGUGUGGACGAGCUGAGACAUGCAAUGGUUCAUGGGCUGCUUGAUGAGCAUGGGCGAUGGGAUGAACACAUCUUACGAGAUAUUUUUCAUUUUGAUGACAUCCCCAGGAUUCUUGCUACCCCAGUGAGUGUUCAUGUUAAGGAUUGCUGGAGAUGGCCUGGUGAUUUACGGGGUCAGUACACUGUGCAGAGUGGCUAUUGUCUCCUGGCUCGCGAAAGAAUGCAACCAACAGUGGAGGUGGUCUUUCAUGCAUGGAAGGCAUUAUGGGCUGCUCCGGCUCCACCCAAAGUGCGAAAUUUCCUGUGGCGCUGUGCUCGCGACGUGCUCCCGGUGCGUGACAACUUGCGCUUGAAAAGGGUGUGGAUUGGAGGAGGUUGCCCAAUCUGUGGCUUUGCUACGGAAUCUAUGGAUCAUCUUUUCUGUGAGUGCGAUUUUGCGAAGCAGCUUUGGGAGACCAAUGAUGUGCUACAGGGCAGGGGAUUCAUUGCAUUCAUGGAUCACGUCUUGGGCACUCAAGGGGCGGAUGCAGCGAUGAAGAUGGCCUCGGUUUUAUGGACGAUAUGGCGAGCACGCAACGACGUUGUUUGGCAUGACACGAAGCUAUCUAUCACCACAUCGCAACAUAUGAUGAACCAGCUUCGGGACUCUUGGAGAACAGCGUAUUGUCAGACGGGGAACGCACUGGAGAGAGCCAAGACUCGUGCGCAAUGGACGCCACCACCAGCAGGGAUGUUGAAGUGCAACGUAGACGCAGCCAUGGUCGAGGGUGGGGCUAGCUUUGGCCUGAUUAUCCGCGACCACCUGGGUUGUUUCGUGGCGGCGAAGAAGGGCCGCUUGGUCGAUGAACGUGACCCAUAUGUGGCUGAAGCUCUUGCGGUUAGAGAAGCACUAUCUUGGUUGAAGGAACAAAGAUUGAAUAAUUUAAUCCUAGAAUCUGAUUGUUUAAAUUUCUGUAACGCUUUUAAUUCCCAGUCUGUUGAUUUUUCUUAUGUUGGUCUGAUUGUAAAGCAAUGUCGGGUGUUUGCUAGUGACAUUGGGAAUGUUGUAUAG